CAUUGAUUGGGGGAUAGAGAGAGGAGUGUUAACCCCAGAUGUCAGUUGGUCAGUUUUAUCCAACGCCUCUGUAACUUCUCUCUCUACCAUGGCUGAAAACAAUAACCCACCCCACCACAGACACAGAAGUGGUAAUGAACACUAAACUAGAGACGGCAGAUCUACGAUGGACCGUUUACCCACACACAGACCCUGAGUGGGAGGAGAUGAGUGGUCUGGAUGAUGAGGGGACCAGUGUGAGGACCUAUCAGCUGUGUCCUGGAGACGGCACCACCUCUCAUUGGCUUAGGAGCCGGCUGAUCCCCCGAAGGACCGCCUCCGUGCUCUACGUAGAGAUACGGUUUACGAUGAUGGAGUGUUCGUCUCUUCCCUAUAACUCCCACCACUCCUGUAAAGAGACAUUUAACCUGUACCAUUAUCAGACAGACACGGACGAAGCUACCAACACGCACCCUGCCUGGAUGGAAAACCCCUAUACCAAGGUGGGCACAGUAGCAGCUGACUUCCUGCUUCGGAGGGGCGGAGAGAGGAAGUCCAACGUGAAGACUCUCAGGAUUGGUCGGUUGACUAAAAGGGGCGUGUACCUAGCCUUCCAAGCACAGGGCGUCUGCAUGGCCUUAUUAGCUGUCAGGGUGUAUUUUAAGAAGUGCCCCCCCCUGACGCGCUCCUUCUCCCGGUUCCCUGAGACGGUUCCCCAUGCCCUGGUGGAAGGAGCUCAGGGUGUGUGUGUAGACAACGCCGUGACCCCCCCGGGCGAGCUGGCACGCCCUCCCAGCAUGCUGUGCGGUGAGGACGGACAGUGGGUCGGUCAGCCUGCCACCACCUGCGCCUGUCGACCAGGGUAUGAAGCUACAGACAAAGACCUACGAUGCAGAGAGUGUCCAGUGGGUCUGUAUAAGGCAGGGUCAGGAGUCGGUGGGUGUGUCCUGUGUCCGACUAAUAGCAACACUUUGGUAACAGGCUCUGCCUACUGCCUCUGUCGUCCUGGUUACCACAGAGCAGAUUCCGACCCCGCACACACACCCUGCACACGCCCCCCCUCAGCUCCCCGCUCCAUUGUAACCCACAUCAACGACACCAUGGUAACUUUAGAGUGGUCGGAACCUUUAGAACACGGUGGCCGUGGAGACCUGACCUACAGCGUGGGGUGUGUCCGUUGUAGAGACUCCCCUCAGAGGGCGUGUCUUCCCUGUGAAGAGGGCGUGUCCUAUCACCCCACACAGCACGGCCUAUCACAGCGAAGGGUGGUCAUCCGCGGGCUCCUCCCACACACCUCCUACACCUUCACGGUCCAAUCAGAGAACGGCGUCUCACAGCUCAGCCUAUCAGAACCCUCCGUGGAAAGGGUUAAUAUCACCACCAGCCGAGAUGUCCCAGCUAUAGUGACAGGUAUAAGACGGACCAAGGCAUCAGAGAAUAGUCUGACUCUACAGUGGAACAGUCCCCAACACACACCCAACACUGUCCUGGAGUACCAGCUACGAUACUGUCCCCAGGACGGUCCAGAGUCUGGUCAGUGGCAGUAUGUAACCAGCCUGGUCAGUAGUGUUGUGGUCAGUAACCUCCAGAGAUCCAUUAGUUACCAGGUGCAGGUCAGAGUCAGAACCAUGGCUGGAUACAGCAACUUCUCCCCAGUCUCAACGUUCACCACCCUGCCUGACAAAGGAGAGGCCCACUCUCAGCUGAUGGUGACAGGCGUUCUGGUUGCCUUGGGGAUACUCCUCCUUAUUACUGUGGUGAUUACUGCUGGAUACUGCUACUGUAAACACCUGUGUGUGAAGGAUAUAGAGAUGAACGAUCAGAGUGGACAGUACCUGAUGAGACAGAGUAUGAAGGCGUACAUUGACCCGUUCACCUAUGAAGAUCCUAACAAGGCGGUCAGAGACUUUGCUAAAGAGAUAGACGUGUCCUUCGUCAAGAUAGAGGAGGUCAUUGGAGCUGGGGAGUUUGGAGAGGUGUGUCGGGGCAGACUGAAGGUCCCUGGUAAGAAGGAGAACUAUGUGGCCAUCAAGACUCUGAAAGGAGGAUACACUGACAAACAGAGGAGGGACUUCCUGUCUGAGGCCUCCAUCAUGGGUCAGUUCCAGCACCCCAACAUUAUCCACCUGGAAGGAGUCAUCACAGCUUCCUGUCCUGUUAUGAUACUGACUGAGUUUAUGGAGAACGGAGCCCUGGACAGCUUCCUUAGGUUAAACGAUGGUCAGUUCACUCCUAUCCAGCUGGUGGGAAUGUUACGCGGGAUAGCGUCAGGUAUGAAGUACCUAUCAGAGAUGAGCUAUGUCCACCGGGACCUGGCAGCUCGUAACAUCCUAGUCAACUCUAACCUGGUCUGUAAAGUGUCUGACUUCGGCCUGUCACGAUUCCUCCAGGAGAACUCCUCAGACCCCACAUACACCAGCUCACUGGGUGGUAAGAUCCCCAUCGUUGACGCUCCAGAGCUGUCCGUUCAGAGUUUGUCGUAG